GCCUAGGGUACGCGAAGCCAAGCAAAUCUUUUGGGAACCGACGCGAGCAGCAUGGACCGAGACGCAUGGAAGGCGCGGGGCAACGCGUGCGUCCAGACCGCCGCCUACGCCGACGCCAUCGCCGCCUACAACGAAGCGCUCAAAAUGGACGGCGACCAAGCCGGGACAAGCGCCAUCCUCUGCAACCGAGCGUUCGCGUGGCUCCAGCUCGCCACGCCCGACGCGCUCCACCAAGCCGUCGCCGACUGCUCGGCCGUGCUCUCGAACGAGAAGGCCAAUGUCAAAGCUUUGUAUCGGCGCGCCUCUGCGCGGCAAGGCUUGCAGCAAUGGCAGGACGCCAAGAUCGACCUCGAAGCCAUCAUUGCGCUCGAGCCGGGACACCCGCAGGCGCUCGCCGAUCUCGACCGCGUCCGUAUCCAGAUCGCGGCUGUGACGGCCAACGGUCUCUUUGACCCAUCGUUCCAGGCCAAGAUGCUCGCUGCGAUCGCGUCGGGUGAGGCGAUCCCGUCGGUCGCGCCGCUGCCGCCGCCAGCGCCAUCCGCACAAACAGCGCGGGCGAAGAAAGCGUCGUCGAGCAAGGUCGACGAGGCGAUGGCGAGUCUCGUCCGCGAGUGUUCCCUGGCGGCGACGCCGGUGCAGAGCGCUGCGUCCGAAGCUGCGUGGCACGAGCUCCAAGCAGCGGAAAUCGCACUGCCGACAAUUGUUCAAAAGACCAAAUCGCACAAGAGAAAAAUCGGCUUGCAGAGCACUCGGCAGCGACAAGCGCCGCCACGGCCCAGCGCCAAGACAGAUGCGCUCUGGCAGGCGCUGCUCGACGAAGAAAGCUCGACGCGGGCUCGCUUCACGCAAGCACGGACGUCGCGGGCGUUGUCGUAGCUGCCGGUGUCGAAACACAAUGGCAACAUGUCAACCAGCAUGAUGAAGAGAUGCAUGUCAACGCACAAUUACUGUAUUCACACACGAGUGCUA